AUGGGAUCGGAGCUUGCCGCGACGGCGGGGUACGCGGCGGAGGAGGAGAUGGCGGUGUCGUCCUCGGCCGAGGAUGGGAGCGUAGAUGCACCGUUCCUCCUCAGGUCUCCGUCUUCCGUCAGCGUCGGUGGGGGCGGAGGAGCAUCUCAGAAGAGGAGGCGGAGGACGGCGAGCGAGGCGUCUCUGCAUCGCGUGUCGUUGCCGUUCUCCAAUCCGCUCUCUUCGCUGCCUGCUUCUCCCUCUCGGGGUGCGUCAUUUCGCCGCGAGGUGGGGCACGCGGCUGCCGAGACAUACCUGGUCACCCGCCUUACUCUGACGCUUCUCCGGUACCUAGGGUAAUUCCUGAGUCCUCUCCUAUGUAUCCUCGCCGCCUGGUUCUCAUCCUGGUUUUGUUAUCCUCCGUACAAUUUCCCUGUAAACGUCUCUUUUGCUGCGAAGAUUGUCCAGCUGCCGAUGCACUGGGUAUGACAUCAGUUUACUCUAUGAUUCAAUGACACUUCGCCACGUAAUGUGCUUUUUAGACUGUAGAUCCAUCGUGAAAAAAGGGUAAGAGUUUUCUAAUGACACUUUUUUUAGUGAUUGCUCGAUCAUUUAUGUCCCUCUAUUUUGUGCUACGUAGUUGGCGAGGGGAUAUAUGCGAGUGUUGAUGGUGUAUAAUUUGUUCUGCGUACACUGGUAUUCGUUGUGCCGACUGAGCAUUGGACUAUAACGGCCUUUUUUAUUUCACUUUUUUCCUGGUGAAUCGGGCCGUGUAACUCGUUGUAACUUUUUAAAUUUAUGCAGCAUCAUUAUCAUCUGAUAGAUUAAAGAAAAAUUAUGAACCAGUUCCAUUCAAAAGAAAAUGGCCAACCUUCGAAUAGUGCUGGGUGACAGAAAUAUUUAUAACCGCUAGAACCUAUUGUAGUCCCCCUAGUAUUAAAAGGUCCAAAUUGAAAAACGCAUUUGAUUCUUUUUCGAUUUUAACAUGUAUUGGUUGUAGAUAUUUCUCUGGAUCUGCUAAGGAAAGGUGCAAGCUUUUUCCUUGUCUUUGCAGCUGAGUUACCUAGGCUUUAAUGUCAUUUGGGACAGUAUUUUUUGUUUUAGAACUAGCUUGUUGAGGUUUUCCCUUUCAUUUUGGGACAGUGGAGCACACACUUUUGGGAUAACAUGCACAAAUUCUUUUUUGACUAUUUUAGAGUUAGUUGGAAGGCUUUUAUGUAACUUUUAGAAGCAUUGAAUUCGAACCAUCUGAACAAAUGGUAAUGUUACACUUACGUAAAUUGAUGCGAGCUGCUCCACAAAUUUUUGGAUUUAGUUUUCUGAUGAACCUUGAAAAUUAGAGAGUGUUGGCAGAUUCUUGUUACCAGCAGGGCUCUAAUAUUUUCUAUCAUUUUUCCCUUCAUAUAGUUCAGAUUCCUCUCUUUUAAGAUAUGUGUAUCAUUGGUAAAUAUUUAUCAAUGUAAAUUUCUCUUUUUUUUUUCGCCAAAUGAUGUUUUUCCUUGACAGAAGUUCAGUUUGAUUAGCUAUUAAAAACCAGAGACAAGUUCCCUUUCCUUAUGUCUCAUAAUAUAUGUACAAUAUCGCUUAUUUCCUUAUAUGGUGCGUGAACAAAAUGGAUCACUAUGAUUGCACCCAAUUUACUUUAUCUUCUUUAGUGUCAUACGACCCUGCAUUAACAAAGGUAUUUUGCAAAUUUGCAUAAUCCUGGUGGAGGUUCCUUAAGUUUGAUGUUUCAUAUAUUUAUCCUAAAAAUUAUUUGAUUAUGUGAGUGAUGAUUGAGUGGACCUUUAAUAUUUGAUCCAUGACUAUAUUACAUAUUGGCUGACAUUCGGUGGACGAGCUCUUUUCUCGCCCCUCUUACUGGACGAACUCUUUUCUCGCAUGAUUCUGACGGGUUCAUGUAGUAAAAUAUAGUCUAAGAAUUGUGGACAAAGGGAAACUUGAGCUUUAUUUCAAUGCCAUCAUUCUUUCAUACGUAAUUUUUAUUCAUGAUCCUAUAGUUCAUAUCUGUAAUUUCACUUUGAUAAGUUUGUUGAAAUGUAGAACUUAAACGUGAAACGUUUUUUCAGCGACUUUAUUCAGUGCAAUUUGUCUGUAUUGUAGAUUUGAUCCGCCUUUUGAUCACUUCCCUUUAUUCAGGAUAGGCUACAGAUGGAUGACGAAGUUUCUCGCACUCACUUGCUAUGCAAUACUGCUAAUGCCAGGAUUUUUACAGGGUGGGUGUAUUUGUUGUUUUCGUUUAGAAAAUGUAUAUCUUGGAUGUGCAUCAUUGUUGUAGGAGAAUGUUUAGUAUGGUUAGUUGUAAUACUGGUUUUAUAGUAAACCCAUUUCAUGUUUAUACAAUUUCAGUUCACAGUUGCAACUUAAACGUUUUCUUAUCUUUUUUUGCAACUCCACCGAUUCUGGGUGUUUCCCUAUCUUAACAAGAAAGUCCAGACUUCUUUUAUUUUCUGGUGAUCAUUUUUUCCUUGCAGUUGGCUACUACUAUUUCUUCUCAACUCAGGUACGACGAAGCAUAAUUUAUGGGGAACAAGCUCGAAACAGGUAUACAAAUUGAGAACUCUGAAAUAGUUAAAAAUUAGGGUUGUACUGCAACCAUAUAUUCCAAUUUAUGUCACCUGACUAACCAGUGAUUCAAAUUGUUACGUCAGGUUGGAUCUCCAUUUACCAAGAAAUACUGAUGGGCCAAAGCCAGUUGUGGCUUUUGUUACUGGUGGAGCAUGGAUAAUAGGGUGAGUUAACAUAUAGUAAAACAAAAUCGUGAAUGAGUGUUGUAAAAUGGGACGUCUUGAGAGAUCUAAAUUUUGAUAAUCUCCCUAAUCUCUGGAUGUGAUUUAUUUUAUUUUUUCCUUAUUUAUGAGAAUUUUCUCCUCUUCAGGUAUAAAGCAUGGGGUUCACUUCUGGGAAAGCAUCUGGCAGAAAGGGACAUCAUAGUAGCUUGUAUUGACUACAGGUUCUCUCUUCAAUGUGAUGUAUCUAACUUGACGCGUGCAAUGGUACACUAUCUUGACUAGCAUUUAUUACAAUUGCAGAAACUUUCCUCAGGGAACCAUCGGUGAUAUGGUGCAAGAUGCAUCUCAAGGAAUCUCGUUUGUAUGUAACAAUAUUGCUAACUAUGGAGGUGACCCAAACCGGUGCGUAACCUUCUACCUUACGAAUUUUUUGGAUGUCAAUAGGCAUGCUUAAUGCUGUAUGUCUUUUUCUGUUAUAUAUUGUAGAGUUUUCCUAAUUGGACAAUCAGCUGGGUCCCAUAUUGCUGCUUGUGCCCUACUAGAGCAGGUAAAUAAAGAGUGUGGUGAAGGAGAAAACUCUGAUUGGAAUGUCUCACAGCUGAAGGCCUACAUGGGUAUAUCUGGCGGGUAAUUGCCAUGUCAUUCUUGAAAACGUUAGUACAUUCUUCAUCUUUAUUUUAUCAUAUUGAUGUUGCUACCACUUCCUUCUUGUGCUUUGUAAAAAUAGCUUCUGUAACAUGUCUUUGACUGUUUCUUGUCGCAUCUAUGUUAUUCAUAGCAAAUUAUGAGGUUGUUUUAACUUUCCGGUUCUUUCUUUGUGUAUGCAAUUUUAGAUUUUUGGCCACCUCAUCAAGUUGAGAGUUUAUGUUUGACUAAGAUAAAGGUUUCAGAUAAAAGAAAAGAAGCAUGAUUUUGAGUCAGCCUAGAACUUCUCUUUUGCACUUGACGGCUAGCGAUAUCGCAAAAAAUUAGUUAAUAACGUCUGUUGAGCUUGUCCACCCUUUUGUAUUAUUAUUAUGCUUAUGUCUGUUUACAUUUCUCCUCUUAUGCACCUAGGGUACCCAUUUAGUUAAUAAUUGACAAUCACAGAAUAACUUGUGACAAAUUGCAUUCGAGCGAUCAAAGAGUCAGGUUCUGAGUCUGAUUGUUAAUGAAGCCCAGAAACAAAGUUGUUCCUUUCUGUACUAGAAUUCUUCGCAGAGAACUUGUCAUUCUUCUUGGUUAUGAAGUAAGUUCAGUGAUAAAUGCAUGUCUGAUCUUGUGAUUAUUAACCGUUUUAUACGAAUUGGACGGUCAGAAAAAUCUAAUUUCUGAAGCGGCUGGCUGCACCCGGUUUCUUGCCUCUUAUAUUGCGAUAUAUGAUUUUAUUAAUGUAUGUAAAUGAUGCUCCUGGGAAAAAAAUAAUGAUAAAUCCCGCCCUCAGUUUUGACUCUCGUGAAACAAUCCGGCGAUUUAUUUUUUAUUGUAAAAAAAGAGGCAGUUUAUAUUUUUUAUUGGAUUGAUUGAUUAUUCAGGGCUCAUGGGUGAUGUGAAUGAUCUUACAUCAUAAAAAUUACCCUACGGGUUAUGACUAUAGACUUUUUUUUCCGAUAGGAAGACCAUCAUGAUUCAUUUUUUCUUUCAGACGGUCAGUGAUCACCACAACAGUUCGUGAUUGAAUUUCUGAUAUCUGUAAUAAGUGACAUGAACGAUUUCCUCAUAGAAACUGAAUUGAUGAACGUAAAUCUUCCACGUCCGUCUGAGAAAUCUUUCCGACAGGUACAACAUGCUGAAUUUGAUCGAUUACUUUCACGGGCGUGGCCUCUAUAGGUCCAUCUUCCUCGGGUACUCUUCAUCAAUUCUUCCUUACUUAUCAUGAUAUACAUAAAAAUUGACAACUUUCGUUCUUUAUGUGCCAUAUUCCAGAAUAAUGGAAGGGGAGCAAUCCUUGCAACGCUUUUCCCCUGAACUCACAGUGCAACACGAAAGUGUCAGAUGUGCUGUACAUCUUCUGCCCCGCAUUAUCCUCUUCCAUGGGACAGGAGACUACUCCAUACCAUCAGAUGCCAGGUUGACCGUAGAAAACCUGAAAUCUGUGGCUAUCUUGAACAAAACUGUCCAAUAAACUAGCAAUGCCUGUGAUUUCUAUGCAGACUGUUUUCGUCCCGUAUGCACACACACACAAAAAAAAAAGUUGUUUUCACGAAGUUGCUUAAAUAUUUUGUGUCCACGAAAUCAACACCAAAAUGAUGAGGUUACAUGACAGUUCUUUAGUAAGCAGUAUCUCGUGUAGAUGAUUCAUAUUGAUUGGUGUCUCUGCUUCCUGAAUACAUGCUAUACUCAGAGGAGACCGGCAGAUUAUUUUAUAGGGCCAAGGUCUUUUCAUGUAAUAUUUCUUCAGUAUCUCUCAAUACCAACCUCAUAUCCUUUGGUUACAGUGACAUUAUUUUUCUUCUUAGAUGGUACACGGUUUCUUAGUCGUCAUGUUAUGCUUCAUGCCAGUUUCUUGUGACGCGCAGUCUCCUGUGCUAUGCUAAUGAACAAGUCUUGAAGAGUUUCACAGUCAACUAAGCAAACUUGAUCGGUCACAUAUUAUGCUUGUCGUACCCUAUGUUUUCGAUUCUUCCACUUUUAUCUUUCCUCAAUGAUUUAUUGAGGGAAUCCUUGAGACUGCUCCUUCGCAAAGAAAUGCUGGGCAUAGUUAUCAGGAUCCAUUACUCCUUUGGUCCUUUUGCUGCAGUAAAAUGUUCGCCGAUGCUCUCCUACGGGUUGGUGCCGAAGUUGACCUAAUCUUGUACGAAGGAAAAACUCAUACUGACCUUUUUCUUCAGGUAAAAGAUUAAUGGAUUAAAUGAAUAUUUAUUUCUUCUUGGAAUAUUUGUAUGAAAUUUACAAAUAUCGAUUUAUUUUUACCGCCCAAUUCGGUAAAAUGACCACCUAAUACUUCGUUUGUUUGACUUUCUUUUCCUUUGGCUUCUGCAUCUUAUGAAAGCUUUGUUAUUUUCGUAGUAUGAUCUUGCCCAUCGACAGCCUUGGGAUUGGCACUCAAAAACAUCAUCUAUAGAUGUAAUAAAUAUAUAUAUAUAUAUAUAUAUACAUAUUUGUUAUUUGCCUGCUAACUUGGCCAUAGUGGUAGCACAGAUUCUGUGAAGUCUUUGAGGUAUCAAAAUAUUAUCUUUUUUUCUUAUAUAUUUUAGGGUUUGACAGCAGCGUUGGAGUCAGGGUACCAAACGAGAAAUAAUUGGGUUGGGCUAAUCUAGAAAUUCACUUUCUUGGUAUGUUCAUUCGGAUUGCAUCCCAGAAAAGUCUAGAUUAGGAUUAGGAUUUGGGAGAGUUCCACAUUUUCUUGCUAAAAAGGACCUAACUUUUCUUUAAAAAAUGGAAAUUUCUUUUUUAAAAUGUGAAUUUACGGAAUUCCCAAUCCGGGCAUCUAUUUCUCGUUUUUAUUUUAUUUUAUUUUUUAUGUUCAUUGGAAACCCUCAGUUCCUCUCUUCUGAACUAAAUUCAAAAGAUGAAAUGGUUCUAUCGCAGAAAUUUCUAGUAUAAUUUAGCUUCUUCUCUCUGCAACCCGUCAUAGAACUGAUGCCGAAGCAAUGCCGGGCCAUAUUUAGAACACUUAGCAGAAGGCAGGGUAAGAGAUUGCAAGCCGUAUCAUUCAGACAUCUCUCUCUCUCUCUCUCUCUCUCAUGUGCUUCAGAGGUGGGCUACUAUUGUAUCUGGGUUUUUUUUUUUUUUUUUUUUUUUUUUUUGCUUUUUUUUGGGCCCAGUUUUGAUGGGUGGGCGGUGAAUGAAUGAAUGUGCAGGACCCGCUGAGAGGCGGGAAGGACGAACUGCUGCGAGAUAUACUGAGCAUAAUCCACGCCGGCGACCCAAUCGAGCUUGCCAAGGACGCCAACGCUCCCCCCUCGCGGCGCCUGGUUCCCGAGUUCAUGCUGCAGCUCGCUCGCCGGGUCAGCCCCUUUUGA